AUUUUUAGAAUGAACGGCUACUCUUGGCGUUAAAUUCUCUGUAUAUAAUUUUUGUAUUUGCUAACAACAUUUGCCAAACAAUGGAGGAUCUUUUAAACGAAGUUGUACCACAAGAAGAUUUAGAAGUAAAAAAUAUUAUUUUAGUUCUGAUUGUUAUAAAAUAAAUAUUUUGCAUUUGCUCCAGAGAUUCGAAAAAAAGUAUCAUCACGAACUUGAGUUGGAUGGUGAAGUUACCACAGACACAAAGUUUGAGUACGCAUUCCUAAAUCUAAAAACAUUAAAAUAUCUCAAUUCUUCUCAAUUCUAAUGACACAAUAGGGAAUUAUGAUUUUGGAGGAACUGGCUCGUACGCAUCCAGAUGGAAGGCGUGACUAUAUAUAUUAUCUUGCGUUUGGUAAUGCUCGUAUCAAGGAGUAUACGUCUGGCUUAAAAUACUGCCGAGCUUUUCUUGACAUCGAGUCAAAUGAUCAAGUUCGCUCCCUAGAGGAAUAUAUUAAAAAAGAAAUCGAUAAGGAAGUGGCAAAGGGUAUGGUGGUUGCAGGCGGAGCAGCUUUAGUACUUGGCGGAAUAUUAGGACUUGGCAUUGCUAUGGCUAGAAAGUAAUAUUUUAUACCAACACGUUUUUAACCGACAAUGUUCUUUUAAAAACAAGCAGUUGAAAAUUAAAUAUUUAUGAUUUAAAUUAAAUCUACAUUGACUUAAUU